UUAAUUUGUGCUUAUCUUUCAUGAACAGGCGAAUACUUAUGCGGUCACAAUGUAUUGAAAGCCCAUGCUGUUGCUUAUCGAUUGUACAAAAACACAUACUAUGACCGUUACCAUGGUCAAGUUGGUAUCACUUUAAGCUCACGAUUUUUCUAUUCUGAUACAAAUGAUUCAAGUACUGUUGAUCGAGCAAUGCACUUUUCCCUGGGCUGGUUUGCAAAUCCAAUUUUUAGUCUAAAAGGCAACUAUCCAGCUGAUAUGGUAACGACUAUUACGAGUAAUUCUGUUCGAGAGGGACGUUCAUGGUCACGAUUACCAUCAUUCACGGACAAAUGGAUCGAAACUAUUCGUGGAACCGCUGACUUUUUGGGAUUGAAUUAUUACACAAGCCGUAUCGUUGAGCCAAUUUCUUCUCAACCAGACGGACCGAACCCAUCAUAUCAGCGCGAUAUGAAUUUGAAAUUUCGAAUAAAACCAGAAUGGAAGAAAAGUGCUUCGGAUUGGCUAUACUCUGUACCUGAGGGAAUUGGCGAUAUACUUAGAUGGAUCAAAGCAGAAUACAACAAUCCCCCCGUAAUAAUCACGGAAAAUGGGUGGUCAGAUGAAGGACAAAUCGAAGAUGACGAUCGAAUCGUCUAUUUACACGAUCACUUGAAACAUAUUCUGGAUGUUAUCUUGAACGACGAAACAAAUCUUAAAGGAUACACAGUAUGGUCGAUAAUCGAUAAUUUCGAAUGGGCUCAAGGAUAUACUGAAAAAUUUGGAUUGUACCAUGUCAAUAUGUCUUCACCAAGGAAAGAACGAACUGCCAAAAAGUCGUCAAAUUUUAUGCGUCUAGUAACAACAACUCGUAAAAUUCCCAAAAUAAACUGAGUCUGCAAACAUUGUAUGGAUUUUAAAUAAUUGCAUAUUGGUCGUAUAACAAAUCUCGAACUCUGUAAUACUCAUCGGAUAUACAUCCUUCCAUGCAUAGCUUUCCAGUGUCAAUCUAUAAAUACAAAAAUAAAUAUUUUCUAUGAAUUUGUUUUUUAUCCAAA